AUGUCGCAAUGUAAAUGGAUCACGAUUCCAAGUGAAUUAAUUGGUUCAAUUCCUCGCCCGGAUGAUUUGCUUGAAGCCACUAUUAACUAUGAAAGUGAUGUUAUACCGCGCGAAGUAUUGCAUGAAGUACAACUGAAAGCAAUUGAAGCAACUGUUCGGGAGCUGGAUGCAAUAACUGGUUCCCCAGUUGUGACAGAUGGCGAGCAAACAAAACCAUCAUUUUUAACCUAUCCCAUUUAUGAGUUAAUCUACGAGCGUUAUCGAUUUGAUGAUAAAUGUUUCAAAAUUGCAUUUAGUGAUGGUCAUAUUCGAACAUUACCGCGUCUCAUCAAAGCACCAUUUCGUUAUGCAACAUUUGCGCACAAGUAUUUAGAUGUUGCUAGACGCUUUACAAAAAAACCAAUUAAGCAAGCUGUUAUAACAGCAUCAGCAUUAUCAAUGGUCUAUUCGCCAACGCUACUAAACAUGUCAGCCAUUGACGAUUAUUCAAGAGAACAGUUUCUUCGAGAUUUAUGUGAUGAAUGUGAGAAGGACGUUCGGUUAUGUUUAGAUCAUGGUGCGCAUGUUGUUCAGUUAGAUUUUACGGAGGCUCGUCUAUCACUGAAAGUCGAUCCUUCUGGCCAAUUAUUAAAAGAAUUUAUUGCCAUAAAUAAUCGAGUAUUAGAUCGUUUUAAUACAGAACAACAAAAAAAGAUUGGUGUUCACGUCUGUCCAGGUGGUGACUGCGAUUCAUAUCAUUCCUAUGAAAUUGAUUAUACACUCAUGUUACCCGACUUAUUUAAAUUACAUUUAACAAACUUUUAUCUACAAUUGUCAUCUGAAAAAGAUCAUGUUAAAAUUCUGAAAUGUAUUCAACAGCAUAUGAAACCAAAUCAUCGAAUAUUUGUGGGCGUAGUGGAUCCUGUGAGCCCGAAAAUCGAAACUGCUGAAAUAGUUCGUGAUCGAAUUUUGGAAGCUGCUCAAUAUAUACCAUGGGAGCAAUUAGGUACAACAGAUGAUUGUGGAUAUUCGCCAUUUGCUGAUGAUCGAUCGACAUCGAGAGAUCUGUGUUAUGCGAAAGUGAAGGCAAGAAUUGAAGGUACAAAACUAGCUGAACAAAUAUUGAAUUCUAGAAAGAAUUAA